UAUUCAACCGUCGUGCGGUGCGAUUCUUUUCUUUCUCAAACGCUCUGAACUUUGCCACAAAUAUAUUUUACUCGAUAAAUAUCCUUUCGGUCAAAGAAAAAGGAAAAAAUGCGUCUGAUCACUGUUAACUUCUUGCUGAUGGCAUUCUGUGCCUCCUCCGCUAUUUGGCCAGCGAGUGCCCUGGAAUGCUACAGUUGUGUUGGGGAACAAUGCCAUGUGGAAAACGUCGAGACGGUUACCUGCAACCUUGAUGCCUCUUCUGCGUUUGUAUUGGAGACCAGCGCUGCAUUAAAUCGAUUCAGGCGAUCUGCGCUUUCGGUGAUGCCAAGAGAUGACGGUCAGGAAUCCACAACUACAACCCCCGAAUCUUCUUCAACAACCACAACUUCGACCACUUCAUCAUCCACAACAUCCACAUCUUCCACCACCGAGCCAUCAACUACAACCACAACCACAGAGGCUUCAACUUCUGCUGGACCCGAAUCUUCUCCAACGACCACAACUUCGUCCACUACAUCUUCCACCGCCGAGCCCUCAACUUCAUCAUCAACUACAACUACAACCACAGUUUCAUCAACCGUUUCCUCACCCUCGGAGACUUCCACGGACUCGUCCAGCUCUACGAUUAGUGAUUCUACCACCGAUUCAAGCACCUCUACAACCACCGAUUCCACCAGCACCGCUCCAACUACCGAUUCUUCAAGCUCCUCUACCACUACCGAUUCUUCAACCAGCCCUACAGCUACCGAUUCUUCAAGCUCUUCUACAACUACCGCGUCUUCUACAAGCUCCUCGUCAACCACAGAAUCCUCAACCUCUACCCCAGACUCGGAUUCCUCAACAGCUACUACAGACGCGGGUUCUUCAACGUCUUCUACAGACUCCUCGUCGUCAAGCUCUGGCACCACCGAUUCCACUUCCGAAUCUACGACUUCUCCUCCCAUAAGUUAUAAACUUGCCGCUUGCUACAGCAUCUACAAGGAUGGAGUGCUAAAUCGAGGCUGUGUUAAGAUUCCCAAUGACGUAGGAGGCUGCCAGGCAGUGCAAACUGAGCUUGAUAUAACAGAAGACUCUGACGAUCAGUGUGAUAUCUGCUUGACUGAUCGGUGCAACGGUAGCACUAGUGUAAAAGUCUCACUUGGCGCCAUGAUCCUCCUCCUGGCCAUGGGUCUUAAGAACCUGUUCUAAGACAAAGUUGGGCAUUAUUAAGUAUUAUUAUGUAUAUAUUUGUUAGUAACUUGUAACCGUAUUUAAUAAAUAAACUAUUAACAUUGAA